AUGAAAAAAGUAUUGAAUCUUCUUGUUAUUAUGUCAAUCGGAUUAUGCUUACACGCCCAGCCGCCAGCCGGUGAUGCAAAGCCAGAAAUAGUGAUCACCUCCAGCCGUUCGCUUAAUGAGCGAAUGACCCUGAUUGGAAAAUUACCAGUAAAACCAAUGGACCUGCCACAAAGCGUAGUCGUGAUCGGAAAAGAUGUGCUGGAAAGACAACAGGUAUUACAUAUCAGCGAUGCCCUUCAAAAUGUAAACGGUGUUUACCUGAUGGGCGCAUCUGGUGGUUUCCAGGAAGAAAUAGCCGCACGUGGACUUGCAUUUAACAGCUCCAACACUUUCAAAAACGGUGUUCGUUAUAACAAUUCAAUCAUGCCUGAAUUAAGCAGCGUCGAAAAACUGGAAUUCCUCAAAGGUGGGAGUGCCAUUCUUUUUGGAAAUGUUUCAGCCGGUGGCGUCAUGAAUAUCGUAACCAGGAAACCGAAAUUCGAUACCGGUGGCGAGAUAUCCUUCCGUACCGGCAGCUUUGAUUUUUAUAAACCCUCUAUCGAUGUAUAUGGCAGCCUGAAUGUAAAACGUACCGCCGCUUUCCGGUUGAACACGACGUAUGAGAAAGCAGGUAGUUUCAGAGACCAGGAUUAUAACAGCAAACUAUUCGCAGCCGCGAGACCCAACGCAAACAGUUCAUUUGUACAACCAAAUGGAACCUGGGUGAGAGGGCUGCAAAAAAGUAAAACCAAUGAAGAUUAUUACCUGGCACAGGCAGACCUUACCGGGAAGUUCAGGACAGGAAAAGUUGAGCACCUAUUAUUGGUCGGUGCCGAUGCUGAUCGCUAUAAUACCAGCACCACGGCGUUUGUCACCAAUGCGUUUAACAAUGGACUGGCCAAUACUUCUAUCAGGGGAAAGAAUAUCUAUGACACGAUCAACAUCUUCGAUCCAUAUGGUUCUUCAUUUUCAAAACGGGAAGAUAUUCCGUACCUCGCACCGAACACCAUUACAACCAGCCCCAUCAAACGUUUUGGCGUUUAUGUGCAGGACCUGCUUAGCGUAACUAAACAUUUUAAAUUAUUGGUGGGAGCGCGGUAUAGCUUGCAGGAAAACAGCCAGGCAACUGUUGAUACCGUGGCGAAGUCAACACACGGAUACAUUGCAGCCUAUACCAGCCGAGCACUAAGCCCGCGCAUUGGCCUGGUGUAUCAACCGCUGAAAGUGAUUUCCAUCUUCGCCAGUUAUACAAAUAACUUUAGUCCUAAUACCGGUGUUGAUACAUUUAACGCGCCCUUAAAACCGUCAAUUAUUGAUCAGUUUGAAGCAGGCGUCAAAACCGAUUUCUUCAAAGGAGCGCUAUCAGUAAAUGUGACAGCCUACCGCAUCAUCAACAGUGACUUUGCUUUGUCCGUCGUCAACCCACCUGCCAGUGCGCCUGCCGCGAAAGAACUGGUUGGUGAAGUGACAAGCAAAGGCGUUGAACUGGAUAUCUCCACCAGGUCCAUACAUGGUUUUAGUAUCAUCGCUGGGUAUAGCUAUAAUGAUACACGGUAUACAAAAUCGAAUGGACAUAAUAGUUCCGUAAAAGUGGGGGAUCGUCUUCGCUACAACCCCUCGCAUACGGCUAACGGCAGUAUUUAUUAUGCGUUUCCCGCAUCAUCGGUACUUCGUGGUUUCAGUAUUGGCGCCGGUGCCUUUUAUACCGGUAAUCGGCUGGCAGGACGUAAUACCACUGGCACCAAUCCCGGUUACCGGUUGAUGCCACUCCCGGAUUAUACAUUGUUUGAUGUAUCCGCCGGCUACACAACAGGUCGCUAUGCCUUCCGUUUAAAGCUCUCUAAUAUUGGCAAUACAUUAAGCUACAACGUGCAUGAUGAUAAUAGCGUAAACCCGAUCGCCCCCAGACAGGUUGCUGCCACG